AUGAGCGACUCGAGCUCCGAUGAGGAGGACUUCUUCGGUCGCAUGGAGAGCGACGACCUGUUCGAGGAGAGCGAGGUGCAGCAGGAGAAGCGCCGUGAAGCCCAGCGAUACGUGGAGCAGUAUGCCGAGCGGGACUGGGGUUUGGCGGCCAGGCAGUGCCGCGCUCAGGGCACCAACAAGGACUUGGUGACGGAGAGCACGCUCGAACUGCGCGCCGACAAGAAGGUCGUGUUCCAGGAGAAGCAGGGCCAGCAGGCCAAGGUCUGGGACUGCGCGCUGGUGCUGUCCAAGUUCCUGACCAACGACGCGUACUUCGCGCCCGAUUUUUUCGUGAACAAGCACGUGAUCGAGCUGGGCUGCGGCAUCGGCGUGCCUGGCCUCGCUGCGGCUGCACUCGGCGCCAAGGAGGUCAUGCUAACCGACAUGGACAUGGCGAUCCCGUGGAUCCAAGUCAACAUCGAGCGGAACCAGACGCUCGGCUGCAUCUCCGGCGACGUCCGCGCGGAGGCGCUCAUGUGGGGCGAGAACGCGCCUCUGGAGUCGCACCAGUUCGACGUCAUCUUGUGCUCGGACCUGGUGUACGGCGAGCGCAAGAUCUCGGAGAAACUGGUGCAGACCAUCGCGAAGCUCUCGCACCCCGACACGUUGGUCAUCUCAGCGCACGAAGCGAGAUUCGCCGGAGACCGCGGCGGCUCCUUCUUCGAGCUAUUGUCCGAGCAGAACUUCGAGGUGGAGCAGCUGGCCGAGGACGGCUACAUCAAGCCGCACGUGGACUCCAUCAAGUUCUCGGGCCGCGUGGUGGCCGGCAUCAACCUGCUCUCGCCGAGCAUCAUGCGGUUCAAAGAGGAGCACGGCGACUCGGUGAUUGACGCGUAUCUGCAGCGGCGCUCCAUGUACAUGAUGACCGGCAGGGUCCGCUACCACUACACGCACGAGAUCCUGCCCGGUGCGCAGGUGUUUAGAGGAGAACUGCCGGUCAACCGCACGCACCGCAUCUCCAUCAUGCUGCGCGACGAGUUCCUCGAGGAACACGUCGCCAAGUACCACACGCCGUUCGCCAAACCUGACGUCGAGACGCAGUGA